GGGGCAAGCCGGCUUUCCCAAAGAUGGCGGCGUUCGGAAUAUUGAGUUAUGAGCACAGGCCGUUGAAAAGGCCUCGGCUCGGGCCGCCAGACGUUUAUCCGCAGGACCCCAAGCAGAAAGAGGAUGAGCUGACAGCACUGAAUGUUAAACAAGGCUUUAACAAUCAACCUGCAGUAUCUGGAGACGAACAUGGUAGUGCAAAAAAUGUAAAUUUCAAUCCUGGCAAGAUCAGCUCCUACUUCAGCAGUAUAAUCGCAGAGAAAUUACGAUGUAACACCUUUCCGGAUACAGGCAAACGGAAGCCUCAAGUUAAUCAGAAGGAUAGUUUCUGGCUUGUCACAGCUCGUUCCCAACCUUCAAUACAUAACUGGUUUACUGAUCUGUCUGGAACCAAACCAUUAACACAACUUGCCAAAAAGGUGCCUAUAUUUAGUAAAAAGGAAGAAGUGUUUGGAUACCUAGCCAAAUAUUCGGUGCCGGUCAUGAGAGCUGCUUGGCUGAUAAAAAUGACAUGUGCCUAUUAUGCUGCUAUUACCGAAACAAAGAUGAAGAAACGUCAUGUCAUAGACCCUUGUAUAGAGUGGACUCAAAUCAUCACUAAGUACCUCUGGGAACAGUUACAGAAGAUUGCUGAAUCUUAUCGAGUGAUGUCUUCGCAGAAUUGUGGGACACCAGUACAACCCACAGUGCCUGAAGUGGAACAGGCCGUGAAACAGUGGGAAUAUAAUGAAAAGCUGGCCCUUUACAUGUUUCAGGAUGGAAUGCUGGAUAGGCAUGAGUUCCUGACCUGGGUACUUGAAUGCUUUGAGAAAAUCCGGCCGGGGGAGGAUGAACUUCUUAAGUUAUUGCUUCCACUGAUGUUACAGUACUCUGGAGAGUUUGUGCAAUCUGCAUACCUGUCAAGACGCUUGGCUUAUUUCUGUACUCGACGCCUGUCCUUGCUGCUUGGGGAUAGUAGUAGUAAUACCGUAACAGGAGGACACCAGACCCAUGUUAUGGCAGCACCCACAGGAAAUGCUUUGCCUCCAACUCCAACACCACCAACUAAUGGGGCUAGCCAGCCUCAAUCUCCAUUCAUGGAUUUUUAUAUUUGCCCACAGCAUCGCCCAGUUGUGUUUGGUUUAAGCUGCAUGCUUCAGAGCAUAGUUUUGUGUUGCCCAAGUGCAUUGGUGUGGCAUUACUCGUUGACUGAUUGCAGAAAUAAGACUGGAUCUCCCCUCGAUCUUUUACCCAUAGCGCCAUCCAGUCUGCCCAUGCCAGGAGGGAACUCUACAUUUACCCAACAGGUCCGAGCUAAAGUGCGGGAAAUUGAGGAACAGAUUAAAGAACGAGGUCAAGCUGUAGAGGUCAGGUGGUCAUUUGAUAAAUGUCAAGAAACUAAUGCAGGUUUUACUAUUGGUCGCGUAUUGCAUACACUGGAGGUGCUUGACAGCCACAGUUUUGAAAAAUCAGAUUUUAAUAACUCGUUGGAUUCGUUGUAUAACAGGAUAUUUGGAUCAGGGCAGAAUAAAGAUGGCCAUGAGAUGUUACCAGAUGAUGAUGCAGUUAUGACGUUGCUGUGUGAAUGGGCAGUGAGCUACAAGCGUUCAGGCAGGCACCGAGCCAUGGUGGUGGCAAAGUUGCUGGAGAAGAGGCAAGCUGAAAUUGAAGCUGAGAGAUGUGGUGAAUCUGAAGUGGUAGAUGAGAAGGGGUCUGUCUCAUCUGGUUCUCUUACCAGUGCCAGCAUUCCUGUUUUCCAAGAUGUAUUACUUCAGUUCCUGGAUACCCAAGCUCCAAUGCUGACUGAUCCUGGUAGUGAAAGUGAAAAGGCUGAAUUUGCCAACUUGGUACUCCUGUUCUGUGAGCUGAUCCGCCAUGAUGUUUUCUCUCACAAUGUCUACAUGUGCACGCUGAUAUCCAGAGGAGAUUUAUCCUCCGAGCAAAAUGUGCCCAGACCACGAUCGCCUGUUGAUGAUGCAGCAGAAGAACAGGACCGGAAGGAACAUGAAGGAAAUAUCAGUGUAAAGCUGGAGGAUCCUGGCUUAUCAGAAAGCAUGGACAUAGACCCAAACUCUAGUGCUAUUUUUGAAGAUGUGGAAAAGAAUGACUUUAAAAGUGAAUUUAGUUCUGAUUUUUCUAUGUUUUCUCCUUCAAUGCACUGUGAAUCGAAAACUAGUCCAUCCCCAGAAAAACCUGCUUCAGAAAAGGACGUGAAGCUGCUACAGAAAAUAAAUGAAGUAACAUUUCCAUCACCGUAUGACCAAUCAAGGCAUAUACAGUAUGCCACACACUUUCCUAUUCCUCAGGAAGAAUCAGCAAGUCACGAAUGUAAUCAGCGCCUGGUGGUUCUGUAUGGUGUUGGGAAACAACGUGAUGAAGCUCGGCAUGUAAUUAAAAAAAUAACCAAAGACAUCCUGAAGGUUUUGAACAAGAAGAGUACUGCAGAAACAGGUGGAGAGGAAGGACAGAAGCGGAAAAAAAAUAAACCGGAAGCCUUUCCUACAGCUGAGGAUAUAUUUGUGAAAUUUCAGCAUCUUUCACAUUUUGAUCAACAUCAAGUUACCUCUCAGGUGUCACGGAAUGUACUGGAACAGAUCACUAGUUUUGCCUUAGGAAUGUCCUAUCAUCUGCCUCUUGUUCAGCAUAUUCAGUUCAUCUUUGAUCUGAUGGAGUAUUCCCUCAAUAUCAGUGGACUUAUAGAUUUUGCUAUUCAGUUGCUGAAUGAAUUGAGUGUGGUGGAAGCAGAGUUACUUCUGAAGUCAUCCAGUCUGGUUGGCAGCUACACAACGGGUUUGUGUCUCUGCAUUGUGGCAGUCCUGCGACGUUAUCACUCCUGCCUUAUCCUCAACUCUGAUCAGACAGCACAAGUAUUUGAAGGUUUAUGUGGCGUGGUAAAGCAUGGUGUUAACCCAGCAGACUGCUCCUCUGCCGAGCGUUGUAUCCUUGCCUACCUCUAUGAUCUGUACACCUCCUGCAGUCAUUUAAAGAGCAAGUUUGGAGAACUGUUUGGUGAUGCCUGUUCCAAAGUCAAGAACACAAUCUACAGUAAUAUAGAUCCUUCUGACUCCAACAUGCUCUGGGAACCUGAAUUCAUGAUUGAUGCGAUUGAAAACCCCUCUGCCCACAAUUUCAGCUACUCCAUGCUUGGUAAAAUCCUGAAUGAUAACCCAGCCAAUCGCUACAGCUUUGUUUGCAAUGCACUCAUGCAUGUCUGUGUGGGGCAUCAUGAUCCUGAUCGUGUGAAUGACAUUGCUAUCCUGUGUGCAGAGCUGACUGCCUAUUGCAAGGCUCUCAGCGCAGAGUGGCUUGGUGUGCUUAAGGCACUGUGCUGUUCAUCUAAUAAUGGAACUUGUGGCUUCAAUGAUCUUCUCUGCAAUGUUGAUGUGAGUGACUUGUCAUUCCAUGACUCUCUGGCUACAUUUAUAGCGAUUUUAAUAGCCAGGCAAUGUUUAUUACUGGAGGAUCUGAUACGUUGUGUGGCAAUCCCAUCACUCCUUAAUGCAGCAUGCAGUGAGCAAGAUUCAGAACCUGGUGCUCGCCUAACGUGCAGAAUCCUCCUUCACUUGUUUAGAACACCACAGUUGAACCCUUGUCAUCAGGACAGCCAUAAACCGACUGUUGGGAUUCGUUCAUCUUGUGACAGACAUUUGUUGGCAGCAUCACAGAACAGCAUUGUGGUUGGAGCAGUUUUUGCUGUUCUGAAAGCUAUUUUUAUGUUGGGUGAUGCUGAAUUGAAAGGAUCUGGAUUUUCACAUUCUGGUGGAAUGGAGGAACUUGCAGAUGAUGACGUAGGAGUGAAAAAAUCUGGCAGUCGGACUGUUUCGAUUGAAACAGCCAGUUUAGAUGCUUAUGCUAAAUAUGUGCUGAAGAAUAUCUGUCAGCAGGAGUGGGUGGGUGAGCGCUGCCUUAAGAGUUUGUGUGAGGAUAGCAGUGCUCUGCAAGAUCCAGUUCUGACAAAUAAGCAAGCUCAACGCCUCUUGCAACUGAUUUGCUACCCACACCGCCAGCUGGAUAGUGAGGAAGGGGACAACCCACAACGUCAGAGAAUCAAACGCAUUCUGCAGAAUCUUGAUCAGUGGACAAUGAGGCAGUCAUCACUGGAACUGCAGCUUAUGAUUAAACAGAGCAUCAUCAGUGAAAUGAAUUCUUUGUUGGAAAACAUUGCCAAAGCCACCAUUGAAGUAUUCCAAAAAUCAGCAGAAAUGAAUUCCUCCAAUCUAAGCAGUAAUGGAAUCAUGAAUGCAGGGGUACCUAUUUUUAGCACCAGCAGCAUAAAUGGAAAUGCCACCAGCAAAAUGAAACCAUUACUUAGCUCAUCAGAGCGGACGGGUGUCUGGCUGGUGGCACCAUUGAUUGCAAAAUUGCCAACAUCUGUCCAAGGUCAUGUACUGAAAGCAGCUGGUGAGGAAUUGGAGAAAGGUCAACAUCUAGGGUCAUCCUCAAGGAAGGAACGAGACCGGCAGAAACAGAAGAGUAUGUCUCUUCUGAGCCAACAGCCGUUUCUUUCUCUGGUUUUGACAUGCCUGAAAGGGCAAGAUGAGCAAAGAGAGGGUCUUCUCACAUCCCUUUACAGCCAGGUCCAACAGAUUGUAACAAAUUGGCGUGAAGAUCAGUACCAGGAUGACUGCAAAGCCAAACAGAUGAUGCAUGAAGCCCUGAAACUCCGCUUAAAUCUUGUGGGUGGGAUGUUCGAUACAGUCCAGCGUAGCACGCAGGGCACCACUGAGUGGGCUGUUCUUCUCUUGGACAUAAUUAGCAGUGGAACAGUUGAUAUGCAGUCCAACAAUGAGCUGUUCACUACAGUCUUGGAUAUGCUGAGUGUUUUGGUUAAUGGAACUCUGGCAGCGGAUAUGUCAAGCAUCUCGCAGGGCAGUAUGGAGGAGAACAAAAGAGCCUACAUGAAUCUUGUAAAGAAACUCAGGAAAGAGCUUGGGGACCGACAAUCAGAAAGCUUAGAGAAGGUGAGACAGUUGUUACCACUUCCCAAACAGACAAGAGAUGUCAUCACUUGUGAACCCCAAGGCUCUCUAAUUGAUACCAAAGGAAACAAAAUUGCUGGUUUUGAUUCAAUAUUCAAGAAAGAGGGGCUACAGGUCUCCACUAAACAGAAGAUUUCACCUUGGGAUGUGUUUGAAGGGAUGAAGCACUCUGCUCCUCUUUCUUGGGGCUGGUUUGGAACGGUUCGUGUUGAUCGUAAAGUGACCAAAUUUGAAGAACAGCACAGGCUCCUAUUGUAUCACACACAUCUAAAACCAAAGCCUCGUAGUUACUAUCUAGAACCACUGCCACUUCCCCCGGAGGAAGAAGAACCACCUGUGCCAGUCAUUCCAGAACCGGAAAAAAACCCAUCAGAACCACCAAAGCUGGAAAAACCUAAUACUACUGAAGAGAAGAAAAAAAAACCACCCAGAAAGAAACGACUGCCUCCUAAUAAAUCUGAGCCACAUAAUUGUGGUUCUGGAGCCACAUGUAAAUCAGAUCAGUUGGAUUUGCCUUCCAGUGCACACAGAGUACCUCCCUAUGGUGGUGGUGUUCCUGCUGAUCUCAUCCCACAUCAGACAAGUAACCACUAUACUAGACUUCCAUAUGGACAGCCUAGUGUAGGGAUAUAUGCACAGAACCAGCCUUUACCAGCAGGUGGACCCAGAUUAGAUACAAUUCCAUACAGAUCUGUGCGGCCUCCGUUCUCCAAAAUGGUGCAGAACCGACCACCAUAUAGCACAGUGAUGCCCCCUAUGGGUGGAAUGAUGGAUCCAUCACUUUACAAACCUGCCCAAUACAAACAACAACCUCCAAUCCCGCAAGGCCAAAUGCUCCGUCAGCAGCUGCAUGUCAGACUGAAUUCUAGUGGAAUGUAUGGACAACAGGUACGUCAAGCAAACCCAGCUCAGCAAUAUGGACCAAUGUCACAAGCCCAGAAUAUUUCCCAAGGCUACACAAAUUAUGGAUCUCAUUUGGGGAUGCAGCCACACCCUUCGCAGACCAGAGGCAUGAUUCCUCCUGCCUAUUCUAACCAGCCAUACCAGGGUGGUCACACAGCCAAUAACCCUGUGCUGGCAGAUCAAGUUCGGCAGAUGCAGCAAAGACCAAGUGGCUAUGUUCACCAGCAAGCUCCAGCUUAUGCACACUCCAUACAAAGCACACAGAGGCUAACCCACCAACCCAUGCAACAGACAUCAAUGAUGACAGGAAUUAGUCAUAUGACCCCACAAAGUGUUCAUUCAACUUUGAGGACUAAUCAACUGGAUCAGGAGCAGCAGUACCUACGUCAGCAACAGCUCCUGAGGCAGCAGCAGGUACAGCAGCAGCAACAGCAGCAACAGCAACAGCAGCAACAACAACAACAAGUUCAGCAGCAACAGCAGCAACAAGUUCAGCAACAACAGCAACAACAGGCUCAGCAGCAACAGCAACAACAACAGGCUCAGCCCCAACCACAGACACUGGGGAUGCAGGCCAUCCCACCUCAGCAGUCUAUGUUCCAGCGACAAGGAAUGCAGCAGACACAACAGCAACAACAGACAGCGGCACUGGUUAGGCAGUUGCAACAGCAGCUUUCAAAUUCACAACCACAGAAGAAUGCAAACCCAUACUAUUAAUGCUGGAAUCUCCUGAAAUAAUUGUUCACCUCUUGGCCUAUGCCAGAUUUUGUCUACUGUUCUCCAAAGGAAUGUCACUGCUGUGACUCAAGCUGUAGUGUUGGACACAGAGACUGACUUUCUUAUGGAAUUGGCUCCUUAAUUGACCAUAUCCUCAUGUACUUAACGGGUUGCUCUCAAUGCAUGUGUAUUCAUGAUUAGAAAAAUUGUUUUUCAGCAUUAAAAAGCUGAGAGAUGCUGGUAUAUUUUUCCAAUCCUCCUCCUCUAUUCCAUCCCAUCCUGUCCUCUUCAAUGAGGUGACCAGGAAGGCUGAACCAUUGGACAUCUGUGCUCAACAACAGUACUUCAGCUGAUGUGCAUUUAACUGACAAGGUUGCCGUAGAUCUUGCACCUGAAGAGCGAUCCAGCACAAUUUGUAAACCUUGCAGGUCUGCUAGUUAUUGCCAAUGAUAGAGAUUCACAGGAGAUCAUCUUGUUAUUGAGACUGACUCUCCCAGCAGCUACACCAGCGCUGUUUUUUUUUUUAAAAACAUAUAUAUAUUUUUAUAUAUAUAUAUAUAUAAAUAAAUUUAUACAUUUGUGUAUAUGUAUACAUAGAAAGCACUCUAUGAACAUUUAUUUUUGUUUGUUUUCAUUAAUGUUUCAUAUUGAUGCUCUUUAAACAAAAGAACACAAGGAAUUAUUGACCAUUUUUCUCUUAUGCUUGGAAAUCACUGACCUGUUGUGGUAUGACUCAAUGGGACCAUCAGUUUGGUAGUUCUCCACAUGACCAUUUUUCAUAUGUGAACCUAUACAUAGGCUGCUUAAGCACAUGCACCGUCAUAGCUAAUCUAGGAGUGCAGCUUCCACGUUGGGUUGUUAGAUAAUGAUCAGAAGCCAGAAUAUGUGCCUUGGCAUAUUAACAAAAGGAACAAUUUUAUAAAGUUUAAAAAUAAAUAUUCCAACCUGUUUUGCAGAAAUAAAAUGCAAAAUGGUUUUCAGAUAGGUCAUCACUUGUCAUUUUAACACAUUCUAGAUUAAGAACUGAGCUGUAAAGUUUGUAUGUACACUGGGGAGAAAUGAUGGUUCAGAAAGACCAUAAUGGAUGAAGAAUAAACUUUAGUUGCCACUGCAUCUUUUUCAACUAUAUGCUUGUAUUUGUUUCUUUGGUUAAUUUGAGGGGGUAAAACAGCAUCUCUCAGUCUUCUAACAGUUAUAAGGACAAUAAACAUGAUAGUUUAUUGCAUAUGUUUGCCACGUUCAAUGAUCUGCAUGAAUUCAGAGUGCCCAGUGAAAGUAAGGCCUUUUAUAAUAGAGAUAAAGUAGUCAAUGAAGUACUGUUGAUGUUACUGCAUUCUUCAAGAAUGCUUUUGUAGUUCAUUUAUUGGCUCCUAUCAUUCCCUAACAUGACUUGCCUGGUUGACAACAAAAUUUAUUAGUAGAGAAUUAACAGUUGUAUUAUUUUCCAAGUGUGGAGCUACCAAAAUUCUCUCAAUGAUGGGGUUAAAUUGAGAAACUUCAGAUGUUGGCAUCACGACUUCUGAAAAUUCAUAUUUAUCACCCCAGUGCAUUUCUAAAUUUUAGCCUCCAAGGCAGUUUUCAGUUUGUCCACCCACUGAUUUUUCUUGAUUUUUUUAGAAAAGUUAUGGAUUACCUAUUCUACUUGAUGCAGAUCUUCAACUUUGCAUGAACUUUGGCUCAUUUCAAAGGUUUUUUUUCCACACAAAUUUGUUUUCGAAAGUUGCGGGUACCAGAAGAAGCACAAAGUGCAGAGCACAUAAUGCUUUAACAGAUAUCUUAAGCAUCAUGGAAGUAAACUACUGAAAUUGCAUAAAUCUACAUGGGUGGGAAUAGAGAGAGGGGAAGGUGGCAGGAAACUCUCCCAAAUACCUGUUUAUGAAAAAAUUCAUGGAAUAGGUUACAAGUAAUGUAUAAUAACUUUCUUUCCCACAAAGAUGUAGUACAGUCAGCCUGACAGAUAAAAGAAUAUCACACUGUAUAGAAAGAAUACUGUGUCUUGGUUUGUAAAACUGUGCCCACAUAUUAAAAAUUAUGUACAUUUUUUGGUAAUUGAUUUCUUUUUCUUUAAGAUAUUCUAAUGUAAAGAUAAAAUUCAAGAUAGUGUAUGUAUAAAAAUUGUACAUGUGCUGUUUUUAUAUAUAUAUAUAUAUAAACACAAACCAAGGUCAACAUGAUCGAGAUGACAAAGUGAAUCCGCAGACC